CCAAAGAGAUGGAGACGUGUUUCGGCAACGGUCCAGAUGAGUGUGGCGAAGAUUCGCCCGUUGACCUCUGGCACUCUUUGAUUUGCGAGGCCCAGGUAAGAAACGUAUCGCCCCGCCUAGCCGACCAAUGGGCUCACGUUGAAGAGCGAAAGAUGGCCUGGGCCACAGAGUGGGGCUCAUCAGUCGGUGUUUCGCCUAUGACAAGUGUACAAGAGAGUACCCCGCACCUGAGGAGUCGGCAAUCGUACCGGAUCACAGAGCGGAUAUGCCAUCACAGGUCACAGAGUGCGGUGGAAUGAGUGCGUUCACAAGGAAGUGAUCGGUGGUGCGUUCCAGAUGAAGUGGUGCGUUCCCGUUUUGGCGUUUCUGGUCGCCCUAGCUGUGGGCGCCAAGGCCUGCGGGCCUGGAAGGGGCGCCGGGCGUCGGAGAGGCCCCAGGAAACUGACGCCGCUCGUCUUCAAACAGCACGUGCCAAACGUGCCGGAAAAUACGAUUACAGCGAGCGGUUUGGGCGAGGGGAGGAUCGGCAGGAAUGAUACUAGGUUUAGGGAUUUGGUGCCCAACUAUAACCAGGACAUCGUUUUCAAGGACGAGGAGGGGACUGGAGCGGACAGGCUGAUGACGCAGCGGUGUAAAGAAAAACUGAACACGUUAGCUAUUUCUGUGAUGAACCAGUGGCCAGGAGUACAUUUGGUGGUUACUGAGGGUUGGGACGAGGAGGGUUAUCACACCCCUGACUCCCUGCACUACGAGGGGAGAGCUGUAGAUCUGACAACGUCGGACAAGGACCGCUCCAAAUAUGGCAUGUUGGCGCGUCUUGCAGUUGAAGCAGGUUUUGACUGGGUUUACUACGAAAGUAGGGCACACAUCCACUGUUCUGUCAAGUCAGAAUCCUCGCAAGCUGCCAAGUACGGCGGGUGUUUUUCCGCAGAAACCACUGUACUCACCUCCGACGGAACUAUCAAAACCCUUCCAGAUCUUAAAAUCGGAGAGAAGAUCCUCUCUUUGGACCCUUCCACAUUCCAGCUAACGUUUAGCGAAGUGCUCCUGUUUCUACACUACAAUCCCGAUGAAAGCAGGCAGUUCGUCAAGAUAACUUUGGAAUCGGGGAAAACAUUGACAUUGACCCCGACCCAUUUAGUGCUUACCGGUAGUUUGAAAUCUAACAGGAUAGUUUACGCAGAUGACCUAAAACCUAGUGAUAAACUUUUAACAAGUGACUCAAAAAAUAGACUUCAAGAAGACGUUAUAGUUAAAAUUGAACAAGUCAUGAAGAAAGGUGUGUACGCUCCCCUAACCGAAGCUGGCACCGUAGUGGUGAACGAUGUUUUAGCUUCUUGUUACGCUGUUGUUAAUAGUCAAGCUUUGGCGCAUUUCGCCUAUGGCCCCUUGAGGCUUAUCCAUAAUAUGAAGGAAAGUCUAAAAAAGUUGUGGUCGUUAAUAAAUAAGCCCAUUUCUGGUUGGAACUCCUCUAGGUCUUUGAUUAAACCGACAAUUGGAGUUCACUGGUAUGGGAAAAUGUUAUACACCUUAGUAGAUAUCUUCUAUCCUAAGAUUCUUUACUAAGUGAUAACCGAUGAGCCUUAAAGACCCCAUGUUCUGAUGUAUAUAGCAAUCUCUAGAAGUUAGAGAGUAUAUCCUAUGCUUUCUAUCAAUCCCAGAAAAAUUUGAGGUUCAAUAAUUAAGACUUACUACUGGGUGAUCCUAUCGUGAUAAUAUUGUUUUUAAGUAGGUUUUCAUCAAUUAUGGCCAGUGAUUUUUGAAUGUGUCCAACGAUUGUUCUUCAAUGUUGAAAGAAGCAGUUUUGGCAUAUCCAUAAGUUUCGAAAAUUCCCUGUACUCUUUGGAGUAUUGUUUCGAAGUUAGUGACAAUGUAUUUUUGUAACAUGUAUUUACUGUAAUUUAAUGUAUAUAUCUUGUAUAGUAAACUAUUUGUGAAAAUGUAAAUUAUUAUUUAUGAAAUAUAGUAAUAUUUUCUAUUUAUAAAUAAAUACUUUAUGAAGCAUAAA